AUGGAGGAGAUGAACUGGGGGGCCGUGGAGGACCAGCUAUCGGGCAUCCAGGACGUGUGGAAGGAGCCGCGGUUUGACACGCUGCCGCACGUGGUGGCGGUGCUGACGUCAGGGUAUCCUCAAGAUGACAUGGCGAGCCUGGCGAAGCUGAGAGACACCAUCGAGGUGCUCGUGGACGACGUCGUGCAGGCGUAUCAUCAGGGCUUCAACAAGGCCAUUCACAACUACUCGCAGAUUCUGAAGCUGUUCAGCGAGUCAGCGGAGCAGAUGAGCGAGCUCAAGGCGAGUCUGGCGGAGGCGAGGCGGCUGCUGAGCAACCGACACAAGCAGCUGCAGCAGCUGUGGUGCCGAUCAAUCACGCUGCGCCACGUCAUCUCCCUUAUCGACCAGAUCGACAGCGUCUCCAAGGUGCCAGCGCGCAUAGAACAGCUGGUGGCGGAGGGGCAGCUGUAUGCUGCCGUGCAGAUUCACCUGCAGUCCAUCUCCACGCUCGACAGAGAGGGCAUCUCCCAGAUCGGAGCGCUGAGGGACAUUCGCAACGAACUGGCGAACACGAAGCUGCUGCUGUUCAACCGCGUGAUAGAGGAGCUGCACGCGCACCUGUACAACAAGGGGGAACACAGUUUGAAGAAGGAAGCUGCAACGGACGACGAUGAUGACAUCAGCAACCUCGUGCCUGUAACCGUGCCGCCCGCCGCCCCGCUACAUCCGUCCCUUGCCGCCCAGGGCAUCUCUCUGCCCGCCCCCUCCAAGCCCUCCCGCACCCGCGGCCGCAGCGCCAGGGCCCGCGGGGGGCUGAACGUGGAAACCGGGAGCGCGGUGAGCGAGGAUGAUGACGGCACGGUGGGCUCGCCCACGCGCAGUGAGGCGUCGGGCACGUCUGCCCCGGGGGGAGAGAUGGUGGUGAGGCGCGCCCACGUUCCCCCGCCCAAGUGGCUCACUGAAGCCACCUCCAACGAGUUUGUGGAAUCACUCACCAAGAGGGAGGCCCCAGAGCAUGACAAGUACAUGCAGACGCUGGUGGAGUGCAUCGCUCUGCUGGGCAAGGUGGCUGCUGCUGGCGCUGUUCUCAGUCAGCGUGUGCGGGGAUCGGUGCGCGAAAUCAUCCUUCAUGAGAUCAAGGACUAUGCAGCUGCAGCAGAUGCAGCGCGUCCCCGAGUGGAGCAGGUGAGCAAGCGCUCUCAGGUGGCCACCACGCCCCACUCAGCCGCCUCCACGCCCUCCUCCCACUCCACCGCCUCCUACUCCUCCACCUCCCGCGCCUCCUCCUAUUCCUCCUACCCUCUCCGCUCCUCCAACCCCCGCGGCGGAGCAGUGGUGGUGGCGGGAGGGGGAGGCGCAGGCGGAGGGGUGGGGGGAGGGGCAGGGGCGGGGCUGCAUGCUCCGAACGGGGUGGCGCAGGUGGUGGCUCAGGAGUUGCUGGAGUCGAUUAUGAAGAAACUCACCAUCAUUCUAGAGAACCACAUAGUGGUGGGAGACCUCAUGGAGGCCAAGGCGUCUGACCGCUCGGGGGACGUGCGGCGCACGCCGGAUGGGGACGAGGCGGUCAGCAAGUUCAGCGCCAGCACGGGCGGCUACAGCGUCGCUUUCGUCUGGUCCUGCAUGCAGAGCGAGUGCCAGCAGUUGCUGUGCGACAUCCUGAGGGCCAACCCGGACGGCGGGUCCUCUGAGACGUCAGGGCGCACCGCCCAGCUCAAACUCGACUCCGGCGGCACCAAGGGAGUCAUGCUCACCUUCAGCUUCCGUUUCACCGACGCCAACACCGCCUCCGCUCCUGCCGCAGCAGAGGCUCUACCAAAGAGGCGGGUGGGGGGCAUGGCGGGGGGCGCGGGCGCUCUGGAGGGGUACGGCACGGCACAGCUACUGCCAGAGCGAGGCAUCUACCUCACCUCUGCCUGCUACCGCCCCACGCUGCAGUUCACAGAGAAGGUUACGCAAAUGCUGCCACGCAAGUACUCCGACCUGGGCCGCUCUGGCCUGCGCCCCUUUAUGGACAGCUUCGUUAAGGACCAGUUCCUGCCCUGCGUGCGCGACGACUACCGCAACCGCGUCGCUGAGGCCCUCUCCAGCCCAUCUGCCUUCCGCCCACGAGCCAAGACCAUCGGCAUGUACGAGCCAGCAGCCGAGAAAGGCCGCCCACUGCUGCAGGGGCCGGUGGCGGUGGAGGGGGUGGUGGAGGAGGUGGUGGAGUGGGCCAAGGCCAUGCCCGUGUAUGCGGGGGAGUUCGUUGCUCUCGUGCACACCCUGCUUGAUAGGACUCUGGAGCGCUGCCGGGGAGUCUACACUGAGGCUGUGCUCGGCUCUCUCAGCAGCAACCUGGUGGGCCGCCCGGAUAUCGACAACCUCAUGCAGCAGCAGGUGGCAGCCAAGCUGCUAACGGACGGCGAUCUGCCGCCCGCUGAGCUGGAGGCCGCCCGGGAGGACCCGCCUCUGGACAGCGAGGCGUACGAGCUGGACCUCGAGAUCUACGGCAAGCUUCUGGCUUUAAGGCCUAUUAAGGAGGAGCAACUGAUUCUGGACACAGGCAAGCUGGUGCUGCUGGCCGCUCUCAGUGACACACUUGAGUACUUUGCCGAUGCCAUCCUGCGGCUGGGUCGCCCCAAGACAGCAGGCAGUGCAAGGAAGAAGACUGCAGCGGCAUCAGCGAGACAGCAGCGGGCACCGGCGCUGACGGCGUCGCUGCAGCAGCUGGCGGAGCGCUACCGGCUGCUGGCGAGAGAGGCUCUCAGGACACUGCGAGUGGAGAUGCAGCUGCAUUGUAUCUUCCAUCUGCAGUUCAUGCCGACCCGGGGGUACGUGAACGAGAUCGAUGCAGAGGAGCCAGAGGACUUCAUCGUGGCUCUCACUGCCCAGCUCACACGAGUGGACGAGGAAAUGACGGUCUUCAUAGCGCCUGCCCGCCGCUACUACGUCUUUGGGGGCGUCUGCAGCCUUGCUGCCACAGGCCUUAUCCGGGCUCUGGCGGAGCUGCCAGGGAUCAACUCGCUGGGAGUGCGGCAGGUGCAGCGCAACUGCAUCGCACUGCAACAGACCCUGGCAACACUCAACGCGAAUGGCAGUCAGAGUGUGCAGCUGAGUCUGGACCGCGUGGGCGAGUACUACGAGCUGCUCAACCGGCCAUAUGAGGUGUGUGCUGCUGUGAGCCCUCUGCUUCCGCCCGCGCACGGUUCCCCUUCCCCCCCGACUUCCGCCUCCCCGCCCCGCCCUUCCUCUUUUCCUGCAUUGGCGCAAGCCGCCACGCUGGAGGCGGAGAGGUUGAUCGGAGGGGAGGGGGAAGCGGGGGAAGGGUUAAUUGGGAAAAAGGAGGGGGAACCGGGAGAAGGAGCGGGGGCUUAUGCGGAAGUUGCUGGCGGCGAGGAAAGGGGGGAUGGGAAAGGCGGAAGGGAAAGGUCUGAGGACGGUAUGGAUGGCGACCGCGCGAGCGGGGAGCGGGAGCCCUUGACGGGAGGGGGAAACGGGGAAGAUGGGAGAGAGGGGGAAGAGGGAGUGGCGGAGGCUGUGGGGGGAGGGGUGCAAGCGAGCAAUCUAAAUAUAGGGGUUUCCAAGGAAAGCGUUAGCGUGAGUGAGAGCAGUGAGGUGGAGAGAGAAAAGAGGGACGAGAUGAGCCCGAUGGAAGGAGGAAUGGGGCAAGCAGGCACGGAAGUAGCUGCAGCAGCCGCUGCUGAUUUUGCUGCAGCAAGGGCAGCAGAAGGGGCGGGAGACGGGACAGGAGAAGGGGCAGGAGAUUCGGGUAAAGUAGUGAGUGGAGGCGGAGAAAAAGUACCAGGGACGACUGGAGAAGAGCAGUCAAAAGCCUCACCGCAAGCAGACCCCUCGCUCACACCCGCAGCAGCAGCAGAGGGAGCAGGAGCAGCAGGAUCAGCAGCAGCCGGAGCAAGAGCAGGAGCGAGGGGAACAACAACAGCGGAUGGAGGGCGCACGUGGGGCGGGGGAAUCCGCGCCAACACCACCCCCUACUGGCGCUUCGUGCAGAUCCUCUCCGCGGUGGGCGCGGGGGUGAUAUUCAUCCCCGCGCUCGCCUUCACCGUCAUUAUAUUCAUCCGCAGCCUCUUCCUGCAGGCCUGGUACCACCUCUGCUACUCUGGCGCCAUGCGCCGGCGAAAUCGGCGAGUGGUAACCCCAUCGUGCCUGUCCGUGCUGCCUUCGCCGUGCAUGCGGGGGACUCUGGAUCUGGAGCAGCGGCUGGAGGUGGUCUCGUGGGAGGGCGGGCGGGUGGUGACGUGGCGCAAGUCGGACGAGGCGGCGAGAGGAAGUGGUGGUGCCGCUGCUGAUGCUGCUGCUGGUGAUGGUGACGGUGAUGGUGAUGGUGGUGCAGGUGCUGCCGGUGUGAGUGCUGGAAGUUCGAGCAGCGAACCGCUGCGAGGAGAGAAGGCGAGCGAGGGCGGGGAAGGAGAGGUUCGGAUCGACGUGGGCGGAGGCUCGGGAGCCGAGCCUGCGGGAGGGCGCGGAAGCGGCAGAGGAGGCGCGGGCGCGGGCGGAGCAGGCGGAGCAGGCGGAGGGGAGGGCGGGGGGGACAACUCAGUAGCGGGGAUAGAGAUCCGGCCCGCGUCCCCCAUGGCGUGCGUGGCGGAGAACAGCUACCAGCGCGGCAUCCCGCGGCGGCUGUCCCUGAGCUUCGUGCACGCGUGGACGUUCACGUACACGCACGUGGUGAACCGCACGGCUGUUAUGAAUGCGGACACGCUGCUGGAGCUGGUCAGGCGGCGGCCUGCUGGCACGCCAUUGAUUACCAUCAGCAACCACAUGUCCACGUGCGUGGGGAGGUCGCAUGACCAGUGGCGCCUGCGCUGCGCUGGCCUGUCUCUCGCCCUUGUUCUCAUUCCGCACUCUCCCCCCCACCAGUCUCGACGACCCGCUCCUAUGGAACCAGUGGCGCCUGUGCUUCUCCUCCGCAUCUGUGCCGCUGGACGCUCAUAUCUCGACGACCCGCUCCUCUGGAACCAGUGGCGCCUGCGCUUCUCCGACCCGCAUAAGUGCCGCUGGACGCUCACAGCGCGCGACAUCUGCUUCACACACCCCUUCACCGCCUACCUCUUCCGCCUGGCCAAGUGCAUCCCCAUUGACCGCUACGGAGGCAUUUACCAGCCGGGCAUGACAGAGGCCGUUCAGCGACUCAGUGCGGGCGGAUGGCUGCACAUCUUCCCAGAGGGCCGUAUCACCCAGGAGCACGUGGCAUUGGCGCGCCUCAAGUGGGGGCUGGCAUCAGUCAUCGACCGUUGCACCUCCCCUGUCCCCCCCAUCAUCCUAUGCGUCGCACACAGCGGCUUCGAGAAUGUCAUGCCUGAGCCACGGGCGUUCGGCCACAGGGCCAUAGCGCCGCUGUGGGGGCAGCGCAUAGCGGUGGUGGUGGGGGAGCCGUUUCAAUUCAACAUGCCAGCGCUCAGAGCAGCUGCCGCCCACGCUGCCGACCACCCAGACGACUCACCCUUCGGGGUCGAACCCACUCCGCCUGCUCCCGCUCCCCCCACUGCUGCUGCUGGUGAUGCUGCUAGUGAUGCUGCUGGUGUUGGUGGUGCUGGUGCUGCUGCUGCUGGUGGUGGUGGUUCUGAUUCCACUGCUGCUCCUGCUGGUUCUGCUGAUGCUGCUGCUCCGAACGCUCCUGCUGGUCCAGCAGCAGGUAGGGAAGCAACGGUGGUGGAAGUGGGAGGGGGCAGCAGUGCAGUGAAGGACGAGGCAACGAGGCGGCUGUAUGCGUUCAUCACAGGGGAGGUGCGGCAGCGGCUGCAGGGUGCAGUGGAUGAAGCACACCUGAGGCAAGCAGACGGGUGCUGCCGAUGA